UUCUCAUUUCAAUGUCCCAACUAUAUCUUCGUGUCCAUAAUUUUCUCCCGUAUUCAUUUUCUCUGUCCUAAUUAUAAAUCCUCUCCGUCUGUAACGGCUCCGUCACUCUAGCAGUUACCACUAUUACUGUGACCGAAAUAGAUAACGGAGGAACACAGCUGGCGAUGAACACGUCGAAGAUGCGCCGGAAAGUUGUUCCGGCGGCGGUAGAUAACGGCGAUUCAGCCGACAAACUUGACCAGCUCCUCCUCUCCGCCUCCAUCUGCAACGGUGAAGACGUCGGGCCCUUCGUUCGAAAGGCGUUUGCUUCCGGCAAGCCUGAAACCCUCCUUCACCACCUCCGCCACUUCGCUCGAUCCAAGGAAUCCGAAAUCGAGGAUGUCUGUAGAGCACACUACGAAGACUUCAUCACCGCCGUCGACGAUCUCCGAUCUCUUCUCUCCGACGUCGAUUCUCUCAAAUCUUCACUCUCCAACUCCAACUCUCAACUCCAGUCCGUCGCCGUGCCUUUGCUAACGACGCUCGAUUCCUUCGUCGAAGCUCGAAACAAAUGCACAAACAUAACUCUCGCUAUCCUAUCCCUCCGCACGUGCGUACAGUUAGUCGAGCUUUGCUCACGCGCCAAUCGUCACCUCUCAGAGAACAAUUUCUACAUGGCGUUGAAGUGUGUGGACUCGAUUGAGAGAGAGUUUAUGAACAAAACACCGUCUUCUACUCUCAAACGAAUGCUUGAGAAGCAGAUCCCUGCGAUCCGUUCGCAUAUCGAACGGAAAAUCAACAAAGAGUUCGGCGAUUGGCUUGUCGAGAUCCGUGUGGUUAGCCGGAACUUAGGGCAAUUAGCUAUAGGACAAGCCUCGGCGUCGAGGCAGAGAGAAGAAGAGCUCAGAAUGAAGCAACGACAAGCUGAGGAACAGAGUAGACUCAGUCUUAGGGAUUGUGUUUAUGCUUUGGAAGAAGAAGACGAUGACGGAUUUAACGGAAUCAGUGCUGAGGCAAACGAUGGUAAUGGAAUAUUAGGUUUUGAUUUGACGCUGUUGUAUAGGGCUUAUCACAUAAACCAAACUCUAGGACUUGAAGAUAGAUUCAAGCAGUACUAUUUCGAGAAUCGCAAGCUUCAGUUGACUUCAGAUUUUCAGGUAUCUUCAAUGACGCCCUUUCUUGAAUCUCACCAGACUUUUUUCGCGCAAAUUGCUGGAUUUUUCAUUGUGGAAGAUAGAGUUUUGAGGACCGGUGGUGGGUUGGUUUCGAAAUUGGAGGUGGAGAAUUUAUGGGAUACUGCUAUGAGUAAAAUGUGUUCUGUUUUGGAAGAUCAGUUUUCUAGAAUGCAAACUGCGAAUCAUUUAUUAUUGAUUAAAGACUAUGUGAGUUUGCUUGGAGUUACAUUGCGUAGAUAUGGAUACCCUGUUGAGGCUUUGCUAGAUGUGUUGAGCAAGCACAGGGAUAAGUAUCAUGAACUUCUUUUAUCUGAUUGUCGAAAGCAGAUAACUGAGGCCCUUGCUGCAGAUAAAUUUGAGCAAAUGUAUAUGAAAAAGGAAUACGAGUAUAACAUGAAUGUGCUGUCAUUUCAGUUACAGACGUCGAAUAUUAUGCCUGCGUUUCCUUAUGUUGCACCAUUUUCAUGUACUGUGCCUGAUUGCUGUAGAAUUGUACGGUCGUUUAUUGAGGACUCGGUGAGUUUCAUGUCAUAUGGUGGUCAGCUUGAUUUCUAUGAUGUGGUGAAGAAAUACUUGGAUCGGCUUUUGACUGAGGUCCUGGAUGGAGCCUUGUUGAAGCUCAUUAAUACGUCUAUUGGUGGCGUCACCCAAGCAAUGCAGAUGGCAGCUAAUAUGGCUGUGUUUGAACGUGCAUGUGACUUUUUCUUUCGUCAUGCUGCACAGCUUUCAGGGAUUCCAUUGAGAAUGGCAGAGAGGGGGAGGAGACUGUUUCCUUUGACUAAAGCCCGUGAUGCUGCUGAAGAGAUGCUUUCUGGUCUGCUUAAGCAAAAGGUUGACGGGUUCCUUUUGCUGAUUGAGAAUGUGAACUGGAUGGUGGAUGAUCCUCCGCAGGGUGGAAAUGAGUAUGUGCAUGAGGUGACCAUAUUUCUUGAAACUCUAGUUUCUACUGCCCAGCAGAUCUUGCCUGUUCAAGUUCUGAAAAGAGUUUUACAAGAUGUUCUAUUUCAUAUAUCAGAGAUGAUUGUCGGGGCUUUACUAGGGGAGUCGGUUAAAAGGUUCAACAUAAAUGCUAUUAUGGGUCUUGAAGCUGAUGUCAAAAUGUUGGAAUCAUUUGCUGAAUCCCAAGCUACUCUCUUAUCUGAGGCAGAGGCUAGCCAGUUGAAAGCAGCAUUGGCUGAGUCUAGGCAGUUGGUUAAUCUACUCUUGAGCAACCAUCCAGAAAAUUUCCUGAAUCCAGUUAUUAGAGAGAGAAGUUAUAAUGCUUUGGACUACCGCAAAGUUGUGACUAUUUCGGAGAAGUUAAGGGAUCAAUCUGAUAGGCUUUUUGGGUCUUUUGGCACAAGGGGAUCUAAGACGAACACUAAGAAGAAAUCUCUUGAUGCAUUGAUAAAAAGACUGAAAGAUGUUAACUGAAUCAGCAAAUAUCUGUAUGUUUUGUUCCUUGAGAGAUCUCCAUAUUGUAGUUGUGUUGAUUACUUGUUGGUAUCAUAUCUAGCUUCUCUUCAAAAUUGCCUACCAUUUGUGUAUUUUUUAUUUCAAUAGUUCCACAUUGAUUGCUGUAUUCAUUUCUUCAGAGAACAUUUAUGUUCCUUGUUAAUUGUCAUAUUCUUUUGCAACUUA